AUGACCUCGUUAAACAGCUCGUCGAAACGGGAUGAGGCGCCACUGCGCGCUCAUGUCUUCCAGACUCUCGUCCCACCGAUGAGCUCGCCAAUGAGCAGCUUGAACAUUCCAGAUUCAAGCAAAUCGGAGAUAGGAUCUCAGCCAACAGAGCGACUUCCAUCUCCACCUCCAAAGCUAUCACGUAUCGAGCCAACUAUAUUUAGAUGGCCCGAAACUAUGGCUUCCAACUCAAGCUUGCAGGCGAUGUCUCAGCUCAAAAAUCAGUCCGAUGAAAUUUUGAGCUCGCAGCUCCCUGCAACAGCUCGAACUGUUGUGAACGGAAACUAUCAACAGUUUCCCGCAACAAAUGAUCUAGUCGAUCGAGCUCAAUUUCAUAGAGCAAACGAUCCGACAGAUCUAGCUCGAUUGACAAAAGCAAACAGCUCGUCAAAUCGAGCUCUAUCCCAUCCGAUUUCAACUAAUCGGAUUCCUGUCGAUCCGCGAAACCUUUUGGACUGCGAAUCUUUCGAAAGAUUCCAGGACCAAACAAACCUCGCAUUCUGGCAAGCGAACUCAACGUUUAACCAAACAAUGAGUUUGAUUCCAGAUAUCGACAAAGUAAUCAGGGAGACACAACAAACUCCCUUCUCAUCCAGGAUCGCUAACACCUGUCUGCGCGAUACUUACAAGCUAUGUAUCCCAGAAUACUCUGGUAACAGCGAUCCACGAGCUUAUAUUCGAGCUCUUUAUCUCGAAAUACUUCGAGCUCAAUUUUCUCCCGAAGAGAUAGAAGCAGCUUGCUGCCAACUCUUUGUUGAAAACCUAGCCGGACCAGCUAAAAAAUGGUUUGCAAACGCUGGAUGA